AUGCAUGCUGUUCUCUCCUCCGCAACGGUCCCCGAUGUCGACAAGUCCGGCGCCAUCAAGAAGCGAUUCACUACAAAGUCGAAAACGGCCAAAUGCAUUCCAAUUCCCGAGGAUGUCAAGCCCUGGGUCCGUGACGCCAAGUCCUGGGGUCAUGACGGGAAGAAGCCAGGAGAGAAGUCUUGUAUGGUUUUUGUCAGCCCCCGUAUCCGCUUCAAGUCCAUCAAGGCCUACAUUGCCUUCCGCUACUAUCCCCAGAAGGGUCCUGGACCCCUCAUCCUCAUGUUCGACGGCAAGCGUUUGAAGGACUACGAGUGUCCCGAGAAGUAUGAGAUGGAGGACGAGGACCAGAUCGACUGCCACUACGACCCUGGUGAGUGA